AUGGCCGCUUCUCCACCACCAACGAAGUUCGCACAGCUAUCGUAUCCAGCAACGGGCAUCCUGCUCGUGACCUUUGCACGUCCCGAAAAGCUAAACUGCAUGGGUGCAGCGGACGUUGUUGAGUUGACGAACGUCUUUCGUUGGUUCGAUGAUGAACCAUCCUUCAUAGUGGCCAUCGUCACCGGAGCCGGCAAGAAAGCCUUCUCCACCGGAGCGGAUCUCAAGGAAUGGCAAUCGAGUAUAUCUAAUGCAGCCAAACCUGGCGCUGGCCCUGGUGAUGCGCCUGGUGCAGUACCGCUGUCAAACCGGAUGGGAAAGAAGCCAAUAAUCGCGGCGGUCAAUGGCUUGGCAUUGGGUGGUGGCUGCGAGACGGUGGUGAACUGCGAUCUUGUCAUCGCCGCCGACACAGCUUCGUUCGGCUUGGUCGAGGUCAAACGCGGUGUUGCGCCUUAUGCUGGUGCUCUUCCACGGCUGAUCAGGACUCUGGGCCUGCAACGAGCAAGUGAAAUGGCUUUGACCGGAAAUUAUUACUCUGCACAGCAAAUGAAGGACUGGGGAAUUGUCAACAAGGUUGUACCUCAGGCCGACGUUGUCAAGGAAGCAGUCAAGUAUGCCAAGCUCAUUGCUGAAAACAGUCCAGACUCGGUCAUCUGUACCAGAGCUGGGUUGAGGCAGGGUUGGGAAACUGCAAGCGUUGUGGAAGCAACCUCUCUGACUGGCAGGACUCAGUGGGCUGAGCUUCAGAAGGGAGUGAACAUUCUGGAAGGACUGAAAGCAUUCAAAGAGAGAAGGCGGGCCAUCUGGAAGCCGUCAAAGUUGUGA